AUGCACCCCCGCGACAUCCUCGCCAUCCUCGUCCUAACCUUCUACGCCCCCACCCUCCUCGCCUCCCUCUUCCUCCUCCGCCGCCACGGCUUCCGCCAAUCCUGGGAAUCCUGGUUCGUCCUCACCACCUUCGCCCUCACCCGCCUCCUCUGGGGCGCCCUCCAGCUCGCCGGCUCCGCGCACCCAGCCACAUCCCGGGCCGGCUACCGCCUCGCCGCCGCGACGCUCGCCGUCGACGGCCUCAGCCCGCUGCUGCUCUGCGCGCUGGGCCUGCUGCGGCGGCUGCGGGAGGGGGUGGUGGCGGGGCGGCUGCGGGCGGGGAGGAAGUUGGUCACGAAAGGAGUGGUCGGGGCGGUGCUGGUGCCGCGCGUCAGGCUGUGGGUGCUGGAGGCGCUGGUGACGGCCGCGUUCGUGUGCGCCAGCGUCGCGUAUCGCGGGCUGAGUGAGGAAGAAGCGCUCGUCGGCCCGCAGCGGCACGGCGGGACGGCGCGCGCCGCCGCGGUUUUGUACGUCGUUGCGUUUGUGGGGAUCGCGGUGGGGGCGGCGGCGCUGGUGGGGGUGAGGGGGGAGGUGGAGAGGGGGGAGCGUAAGGCGCUGGUGGCGCUGGGGGGGUCGCUGCCGUUGCUGGGGGUGCGGGUGUUGUAUUUGGUGCUGGAUAUUUUGGCGGAGGAGCGGGCGUUUAGCGCGAUUACGGGGAGUGUAGGGGUUUUUGCGGGGAUGGCGUUGGUGGAGGAGGCGGUUGUUGCGGCGUGGUUUCUUGGUGUUGGGUUUACGGUGAGGGUGAUUCCGAGGAGUGAGACGUUGGCGUUGAGGAAGGCGGAGAAGAGGGCCGUGGAGAAGGAGGAGGAGGAGGGGGAGGGAGUGGAAGUUGGGGAUGCGGCGCUGUGGGAGAGGUCGACGGCGAAGCUGGCCGAUGAGGAGGAUGGGAGGAUGGAGUUGGACGGUAGGGAGAGGGUAGAGUUGGAUGCGGGGGGAAGACAAGAGCUUAAUGGGAAAGAGAAGGCGGAGUCGGAUGCGAGGGGAGGACAGGAGCUGGAUGGGAGGACGAGGGCGGAGCUGGCAUGA